GAGUUUGAAUAAGAAAUUUUAUGUAAAUGUAUUCAUAAUAGCUAAAUGGAACAAAUUAAAAACUAUGAUAUUGCUGAUGAAAUUCUUCUUGUGCUUCGUUCAAAAGAGUUAGAGAUUCCAAAAUUUCAUGGAACAUCAAAUCAAUUAUGCUACAGACGAUUGCUUAUUGACUGGUUGGCAGUUAUUAGUGAGAAAUUGUUUCUCUCUCAUGGUAUUUUGCAUUUAUCUGUUGUUUAUAUGGAUACAAUGAUGGAGAAAUGGGAAUUUUCAAAAAGAUCUCAAUUGAAUCUACUUGCUCUUUGUUGUUUAUGGAUAGCAGCAAAAUUAGAUGAAACUGAUAAUCGUAUUCCACUAAUUUCAACAUUAAAAUGUUUUGUUGCAAAUUCAUUUGAACAAGAUGACUUUAUGCAAAUGGAACUUAAUAUCAUGCAGUCAUUGGAUUGGAGGUUAUUGCUUCCAACUUCUGUUCAUUUCCUUGAUUUAUAUUUAAGUAAUUCAAUAUGUCUUGAAGAUUUACAUGUUGGUUACAAAAUUACAUCUACAGAAAAAUACAAAGUUUAUAUUCAAAAAUAUGCUUUUUAUUUUUUAGAAGUAUCCUUGCAAGAUCAUUAUUUUAAUGAUUUUUUGCCUUCGUUGGUUGCAUCAGCUGCAAUAUCUGCUUCUCGUAUUUGUUUAAAAAUAACUCCAAGCUGGAAUCAACUACUUGAAACAAUGACAGGAUAUUCAGAAAGUUGUUUAACAAACUUAGUGAAUUUCUUUUUAAGAAUUCAUCAAGAAGACCAACAAAGACCUAAAUCUGUCCAAGCAAAAACAUAUCUGUAUCAGGAUGAAUCCCUUGAUGGAUCCGGAUCAGGAUAAAUCUUGAUGCUUAAAAAACAAAAAUUAUUUUUUUGCAAAAUGGGGUAUUUAAGCAUUUACAUAAUGAUUACAUAAUGAAAUAAAAGUUCUUUUUGACAGUAAUAAUCUAUUUUGUAUAUAAUUGUAUAGUAUAUAUAGUUAUGAAGUAAAUAUAAUGUGAAUAAAUGUAAAUAUAGAAAAAUGAAUAUAUAAUUUUUAUUUAUAUCUAUCAAAAGCAAAAAAAAAAAUUUUUUGAAAUGUUUCCUUUUCCUGUUUCUACUUA